AUUUGUCUCCCUUGGUUGCUGAUGCUGACAGAUGCCCGAUGAUGUUGAAUAUCAAAAACCUCUGACUUUAAGCUGAUUUAAAUAUGGAUUUUGUGCAAGCCAUUAAGAAUUUAGACUCCCAUUUGCUUUGCAAACUGUUUGCUGCAGAAAAGAAUGUUUUGUCAAAUGUCAGCAAUUGUAACUUAUAUCAUCACCUUACUGAUACUUUUAACAGUAAACCUAAAUUUCAACAAGAUGGAGCCCAGCUAGUUUAUAUUUUAAGUAAUUAUGGAAUGGAUAUUAAUAAACAAGACACGGAUGGCAAUACAGCUUUCCACCAAUAUCUGUACAAUGCUGACUUUGUACAUCCUGAUGUUGUAGAAUCCUUCCUUAGAUGUAAUGCUGAUGUAUUUGUAAGAAACAAGGAAGGCAGAAAUGUGGUUGACAAACUGCGACAGAAUAGCUUACCAAAAAAUAUCACAGAUGUGUGCUUAAGAUAUCUGCCUGGUUUAUGGAAUGCAGUUGAAACAGAUGAUAUCAGUACAGUAAGAAAAUUAGUAAAUCAGUGGUGUAAAGUUGAUGUUUAUAAGGAAGGGAAAAGUUUACUUCAAUUGGCUUUGGAAAAAGGAACAGAAGAUGUCAUCAGAAUUAUAAGUGGUAUCAAAGUAUCAGUGGCACUUGCUCAUGGUGUAUUGGCAGGAGAUGUUCAGUAUGUGAAAAGUUUGACAGGUGGUCAAGAAAAAUACAAUAUCAACUUUAGAAAUAUGGGAGAUAGGAAUGCCACACCCCUUUACUAUGCAGCAUGUCAGAAUUUCACAGAUAUGAUAACCUUCCUGCCAACGCUUGGAGCCAGGACUGAUCUGUGUAUGACAUACAGAGAGUUUGAUAUACCAACUUACUUCAGUAUUAUGAUGGAGUAUCCAGUGGUUAAUGCUCAUACUCUUAAAAUACUCUUACCAAAGAAACCAUUCUCUGUUGACAAGAUGUAUUACAAGGGAAGAAAUAUAUUAUUUCAUUGUAUAGACUGUGAUAUGCACCCUGAUAUUAUAGAGGCCAUUUUACAACAAUCAUCUGCUGAAAUAGUUACCCAAAGAAUUCAGGACAACAUGACAGUUAGAGACUAUGCAGUAGAAGAAAACUGUGAUAAUGCUGUGAAAAUAAUUGACAAGUAUGUCAGUUUAUGGUGUAACAGUGAAGAAUAUAGCAAACAGAAACAGAUUCUACUCUUGCAUGGUUAUACAGAUAUUCCCAAGAUAUUGCAGGGGCAAGUUGAUGAACAAGAGGAAGCAUAUUCAGAAUCUGUGAAAGAUUAUAUAAAUCAAAUUGAAGAUUUCCAUGAAGCAGUUGAAUUGUGUGAAAGUGAAAAAGUUAAAGAUUUGAUGUAUUGCAACAAAUGUAUACAGUUACAGACUUGUUUGGCUGAUAGUAGGAUCCAGGGUAAAGGUCAGCCAGCCUUACAUAAAGCUGUGUUAAGAAAAGAUAUGAAGACUUGUUGUGAGAUAGCAGAAUCACUGGUUUAUCAAUGUAAACAAAAAUUGGAUUCAGUCAGAGAUCAGUUUUUCAGGACAGCUCUUCACUAUGCCUAUGGAAUGCCAGAUGGAAAAGAGUUUGUGGACAUAUUAAUGGAUUAUGGUUCAUCAGACUUUGCUGUAGACAAGGAUGGUAGAUCACCAUUAGCAUUUAAAGAUAGACAAGAACUUCCACAGAUGAAAGAUUUACUUCAUUAUCAGUUGUUACAGGAAUUAGAAACACCAGAGCCAGAUCCAUGGUCAGUCAGAUUACAGAUGCCUGUUGUCGGCUACCUCAUUGACUGUGCUCAUUCACAACACAAGCAUUUACCAGUUCACAUGGCAGAAAAGCUAGCUGUUAAACUUAACCCAAUAGGCCACUCCCACAACAGUAAUCAUCAUCAUCAUGAAAAUCAAUCAUUAUUGGUUGGUAGACAACCUCUCCUGAAUACAACCAAUCACAGAGAGAUGUAUUGUAGUGAUGGACAUAAUCAAAAUUAUACAGAGCAAACAAAUGGUUGUAUUCUACAAGGGAACUCAAAUGAUUUAGAUUAUGAGGUUGAUUCAGAUGAAUCUUUAGAGGAUGAAAGAGUUGAAAUGAGCUCAUCAUCUUGCAAUAUUUUGUAAUUGUUUACUUAUUUUACAGGGUAGAGUGCAAUGAAUAUGUUUGAUUUGUAUUAUUUUACAGUUUUUUUUAUUAUUAAAUAUUGUUGCAAAUAAGUAAA